AUGCUGGCCUUCCAGGAGCAGCCACUGAGGCUCAAAGGACGUCAGAGACUCCUUGCUAGCCUGCAGCGAAUCACAUCGUCCCAUUCGGGUGGCCGACGCGGUUCCAGCCGAUCACGAGCUUACAGCGACUCUGCUCGAGGAUCCAUCUCGUGCAUCUCGUUGAGUGCAGCAUCCCCGGAGGAUCCGGCACUAUUCGGCCAUCCUCUAACACGGCAAUGGUCAACAGGCUUUGCCACAGCCCCAGCCUCGGCACUGAAUAGUCCCAGAGUACAGACGCCGGUGCUUGAGGGAGCAGCAAGAGUUCGAUAUGUGGGUCAGCAUGAUAACACCUCAAUCGCAGUUCCAGCCGGGAUUUGCCUUAAUUCGAAGCUUCAUUCCACGCCAUGCAUUGUGGAAGUUGACGAGGACUACUUCUCGCGAAGUGUUGAGAAACCGAAGAAGGCUAAGAAGUGGUUCAAUUUCUGGCGUGAUCUGCCUUCAGAACUGAGAAUGGAAGUCCUCUCUUACCUCACUCCGCGGCAGAUCGUGAGGUGUUCCAUCGUCUCUAAAUCAUGGCACGCGAUGUGCUUCGAUGGGCAGCUGUGGAGUGACCUAGACACCACGGGCUUUUACCGCGAUAUUCCAGGAGAGGCUUUAGAGAAGAUAAUUGCUGCUGCUGGACCUUUCAUCCGAGAUUUGAAUUUGCGAGGCUGUGUUCAACUUGAGCAUCGUUGGAACACGGCGAACCGUCUCUCGGAUGCUUGCAAGAAUCUAGAGAACAUGUCUUUGGAGGGAUGCCAUAUCACCCGCUCGUCCAUUCACAAUUUCUUGUGGGGGAAUUCCAGGUUGGUUCACUUAAACCUUUCUGGAUUAGAUGGCGCUUCGGACGCCGGCAUGGAGAUUCUCGCCAACAAUUGCUCAAAACUUCAGCAUUUGAACAUAUCUUGGUGCAAGAACGUGACAACUUCAGGUCUGCGAAAGGUCGUGCUAAGCUGCACUCGACUCACAGACUUGCUUGCUGGACAAGGAAAGGACUGGGAUGACUUGGCAUUUAUGGCGACACUCUUCAAAACCAAUGGUCUUGAGCGGCUGACUUUGAUGAACUGCGAGAGUCUCAACGACGAAUCUCUGAAGGUCUUGAUACAGGGCUUGAACCCUGAAAUCGACUGCCUGACGGAUCGACCCAUCGUACCGCCGAGAAAAUUGAAGCAUCUAGAUUUGACUAGAUGCCGUAGCAUCACCGAUGAUGGUCUGCGCUGCUUAGUUGGAAACAUUCCCGAGAUCGAAGGCCUGCAAUUGUCAAAAUGUCGUGGUAUACUUGACGCAACGUUGAUAGAGCUACUACCCACGACAGACAAGCUGACCCACCUCGACUUAGAGGAGCUGGAGGAUUUGACCAACAACUUCCUCAACACACUCACUCAGUCACAGUGCAUCAAAACCUUGCGACAUCUCAAUAUCUCUUUCUGCGAGAACCUCUCGGAUGCAGGCAUGAUUCCUGUCAUCCAGGCAGGCACAAGCCUGCGUUCUUUGGAGAUGGACAAUACUCGCAUUGGCGAUCUGUCGCUCGCCGAAGCGGCGGCAAUGGUACGCAGAAGGUCGCCGCGAAGGACAGUUCAGGGUGUUUACCAACCAGGACAAUGCCAAUACAAGCCAGAGAUCGGUCUCAAACUGGUCGCAUAUGAUUGUCAGAAUGUCACGUGGACCGGAGUUCGGGAGAUUCUUUCCCGCAACGCUGACACUUUGGUUUCUCGCCCACCAUCACCACGCAUUCACAUCGUACGCAGCACAACGUUCCCUUCGGAGAUCAUUCAAUUGAAGUGCUUCUAUACGUAUCAGCCCACUGUGGAGGAGCACACCAAAAGAGUGAUACGCGGCGACUUCAUUGCAGCGCGAAGGCUCGACCGCAAAUGGACCGACUUCAUGAUGGCGCAAGAAGAAGCCGAUGCUGGGGGUGCUGGCAGUCGCCGCCGGCGGAGAAGAGCACGAGAGGCCCAGAUGAUGCACGCCGACGAGGAAGAUGAGCACACUCCUGGAUCGGGAGUCGGUGGUGGUCGGCGGCGGCGCGCAAGAAGCGGAGGAUGCAGCGUCAUGUGA